GUUUGAACGAAAAAUGCCGCCCAAAAAGGGAAAGAAGGGAGCGGCGGUUAAGCAAGAGGAGGAGGAAGUGGUCACUCACCCACUGCCGCCGAACGUUUUUCUCUACAUCCAGCUAUUUAACAUUGCCAACUUGCCGCAAACGAAACAUCAGCUGGAGAUCCACUUGUCCCAAGGAGACAGUUUGAUCGUGAAAUGCGAUGAGCACUACAACACGGAUGGGAUUAUUAUACAGGAUGAAUUUUACAGUCGACCCACAUUCACGCUGAUCUUCCAGCAGGACAACGUGGACAGGAUCAACCAAGCUGCCGACAAUCCGCUCUUGAUUAAGUUAUACUUGCGCAUAUUUCCGCCUCAGCCGAAAAUGAAGUUCGAUUUCGAAUUUGAGGACGAGGAGGAGGGCCAAGUGGAGGCGGAAUCCGACUCGGAGCUUGGCAUAUCUACAGGAGUGAGUUUCGCAACAGAUGACGUAUACGCGGCCAUAGAGACGGAGAGACUGGAACUAUUAUGCGUGGGUUAUCUGGAUGUAAUCAAGUUAUUUGGCCACCGACGCAGCAUCAUCCGCGAGCAACUGUUCCUUUAUCCCAUGCCGGAUGUGGCGCAGUCUCUGCGCUCAACCGUCCACACGGAAUGGCACCUCUACACCCUGUUGCCCAUUGCCAAGAAGCUGACCUUCACCAACAUGGCCUUCGUGACCUUUGAGAGCAUCUACAACCUGAAGGACGAGUACAACUUGGACCUGGACUCCUUGUGGGUGCGGUUGAGCUUCCGUUCCCGCGUCCCCAGCGACCGCAAUGAUUAUAAGUUCAUACCGCUGUGUGAAUUUAAUAACUUUGAGAGAAGGAUCAUCAGCUCGCAGAACUGUCAUCUGGUCUUCGAGUCCUUUCGGCGCAGCGUGUAUCCUUGGAACGUCACGGGCUUGAAAUCCGCCAUGGAGGUGCAGAUGCACCAACUCUUUGCGGAGCUAUAUUGCUCCGAGGGCAUGACGGUGGACUUUAAGGAAAUCGAGCAGAUGGAAGAUGAGGCUCUCGUAUGCAACUCCUUUCACCGAUUCAUCCUCACGAAAAAGAUGGCCGAUAUCCUUUCGUUUGCCAUCACCUGUCAGCAGUAUGUCUUUGCCGUGGAGGCUUUCCAAAUUGUUGGAACCGCCAAGCCACAAAAGGUUUUCCAGGGCGUAAUGGAUCCAUCUAUUUUGGUUUUUCCCGGAAUCCAAAAUAUGCGAUUCGCUGUCCAACUGGACUACCUGGGUAAAAUAAAAGCCAAGAAGGCGUCGAGCGUAAUGAGUACAAGUGGAGAUCGAAAUCGCCUGAUGCCGACGUUCGCCAUCAUUAAGAUCUGUUUGCUGUCUCCGAUCGGGGAAAUCUACCAGGAACUGAAGGUAUUCCGCGAUAGCUUCGUUCGCCAAAAUCGACUGCUCUUCUGCGAUCAUCCCUACGUUCCCAAUAAAGUUAUGACUCUGGCCGAAAUCCAAAUGGAGUCAUAUGCCCGAUUCGACAAGUUCAUCCGGGAAUGCAUAGCUUUUAUACUCGACAAGAAAGUUCUGAGAAUCGAGGAUAGAAAACAGCACUUUUGCUGUGCUGUCCAAAAUCUAACGAAUAUCCUGAUGAAGUUGGUGGGCAGUGUGUUCAACACAAAAACUCCGACAAACACUAGUGUGGAUUUUGCAAAUCUCUGUGCCAUUGCCUACAAUGACUUGGAGCCAAGGAUCCAUUCGAUUGUGGAGCAGAUUGAGAACGAGGGCUUCGAAAAUUUUACGCUCAAUAAGCAGAUCCAGAUAGAGCGAAUCAUCGACUACUUGAACACCAUCAAACUGCUCUACUUAGUGAACGAUGAUAGACUUGCUAAUCUUCUGCUUGAGAGGGUCUACUCUGAGUAUCCAGGGGACGAGCGGCUUUGGUUCUAUACGCUUAUCAUGUACAUGGAACGUGGCGAUCUGGAGAAGGCAAAGCUCUACUUCCAUAAAAAUCACCUGGCGGACACCCAUGACUAUUUUGCGGGUUGGAUUAAGUUGUAUAUCAACUAUGUGGACACGCGAAACAAUCCAGAAACCUCGGCCGAUUGCACAGAGUGUCUUUUGAAGAGCAUUACGAGCUACGCGGAGAAGAGCCCCCACCAACAAGAUGGGUGGAUCCUGCUCUAUUGCUACUACAAGAAGUUCAAGUACGAACCGGGAUGUGCCUUCGCCCACUGGCGAAUUGUGGAGCAGUUUGGCGGGCAAGGUCGAGCCAGAUCCUCCAAAGAUCCGUACAGUUUUUGGAAUCUUUUGAUCAAGGUGAACCCUACAUUGCGCACGUCUCGGGGCAACCUCUUCUUCGAGGUCUUCAAGACCUUCGUGCGUCUGGGAAUCUACGAGUUCGCCGAGGUCGUGUUUGCCACCAUUGAGCAUUUGAUCGAUGAAGCGGAUCGGUAUAUGAUUAGAACCCAGCUCUCCCUCAUGCUCAACCAACUUGAUGAUGACUUUGUUUUGCAGAGUUUCGAGUUUGGAGAAGACGAGGUGGCUGAACAGUUGGCCGCCAUGAAUGCCCAGGUCAAUGGCAAUGUGGAGUUCCAGAGAGGCAACUUUGAGGAGGCGGCUCUCUAUUACGAAUGCUGCCUUACUUUGCCAAAUCUUGAGGAUUUCGAACGAAGUGGCUUUGAGGUCAGCAGACUGCGCUUGGGUUACAUAUCCUACGAGAUGGGUAACUUUGAAAAGAGCAUUGAAGCCCUGAAUUUCCCCUUCUCCGGCCAUCUUCUUCCCGUUGUGGCCGACUACAUGGUGGGUAAAUCCUACUACAAGUUGGACCACCUGGAAUCGGCUCUUCCAUAUUUUGCGAGAACCACCAAGACUGAUACCCAUGUGCCUAAUGUCUGGGGUUUUUUGGCACUAAUUAACCUGCGACUGGGCCAAAACUACAAUGCCGUCGAGUGCUGGAAGUACGCCAAAAUUGAGCCUACUGUUUCCAUUGAUGACAUGAUGAUCUAUGAGGAACUGGAUGCCCUCGACUAUGAUUCGGUUGAAUUGUACAUAGAUAUUCCUGGUCAAUUAAGUGAGGACAUCUUCGAUGACUCGCAGUCAACCACUUAAUUUUUAUUUUGCCUCUGCUUUGCGCUGUGAAUUUGAGCCCAUAAAUACCGAGAACCCAA